AUGACGGUCCAUGAAAUCAACCAAGAAUUGCAUUCCCAGCUGGCAAAAAGCGAGCAGGACUUCCAAGACCUCAUGGAGAAAUUCCUUGUAUCCCAAGCUACGACCUACUCUCUGGCCAAGGAGCUGCAGAAAUAUAAGUGUGGAGAGUACCAAGACCUCGUUGAAUCUGUGCUGGGGGAGAAGCUGCAUCUUGAGGAGGGGAAGCUGGCAGAGCAGUGGGCGCUAGCUGAGAAGCUCAGGGAAUACAAUAUCCGAAUUCGAGAUCAGGAGCAACAACUGACCCAUUUACGGCACCAGGUACAGGAAGGGAGAGAAGUGUCGGUCCUACUCCAUCAGCACCUCAGUGACCUCCUCACACAUGACGACCCUGAUGACGACCAGGGGCCAGGCUUCGGAGAGCAACUGGCUGAGGGAUGCGGGUUGGCCAAGCGCCUUGCCGGUGUGCUCAGCUCAGAGUGUGGAGAGUACCAAGACCUCGUUGAAUCUGUGCUGGGGGAGAAGCUGCAUCUUGAGGAGGGGAAGCUGGCAGAGCAGUGGGCGCUAGCUGAGAAGCUCAGGGAAUACAAUAUCCGAAUUCGAGAUCAGGAGCAACAACUGACCCAUUUACGGCACCAGGUACAGGAAGGGAGAGAAGUGUCGGUCCUACUCCAUCAGCACCUCAGUGACCUCCUCACACAUGACGACCCUGAUGACGACCAGGGGCCAGGCUUCGGAGAGCAACUGGCUGAGGGAUGCGGGUUGGCCAAGCGCCUUGCCGGUGUGCUCAGCUCAGUUUCCAUCCUGUACAUCACCGGAAUCGGGAGCAACUGGCAGCAGACAGCAUGA